UGGUGGGAAAACGAAAAGAAAGCUGCCAUUCCAGAGAUAGAGAGAGAAGAGCAUUGAUAAUUGUAGGAGUAGGGGAGAGGACUGCGCAAUGAAGAAUGAAGAGGAUUGAGGAAAGAUUUCUUCAACGAGGAGAGUGGGGUGUCUGUCUUCCUGUCUUUCUCUCUCAUCAAAACCAACGAAUGGAUUCCCUUUUCUUAACCCAAACCUUUCUUUCCCCAACAACAACAACAUUAACAUCCCCACUAUCAUUAUGCCCCUCUCCUUCAUCUCUACUACUGUUUUCUUUAUUUCACCUUGUUUUUCUUAGCCCCUUCCCAUUUCUCAGAUCCAUCUCUCCUUCACACUUCUUUCAAUUCUCCCCCUUUCUACAGGAAUAUGUUUGGAGAAGGAAAUAGCGGUAAUGCCUUAUUGCCUCCCUUGGUGGAGGGAAGUCUUCAAUAUGAUGUGAAUACCUUGCCUCAGCUUCAAUUAUUUGGAGAAAUUCCAAUAGGCUGCAGCAUUAACCCCGUAAGCUAUGUGGCAAACGAAUGUCCACCUGCCGCAGUUCAUCCUACCAAAAGAGCAAGGGAUGCUGAACCAAACUUUAGCCAGCAAAAGCUUCGGAUAUCCUUGAAUAACAACUUCUGUCAAGAUGAAGUGGGACAAACUGGAAACAUUUGGAAGCCAAAUCCUGUAUCAACUGGGCUUAAACUUUCUUAUGGGGAAGAAGAGCGUAAUUCCUCCAUCACUUCAGCUACUGAAAACAAUAAAGCUGUCCUCUCGGCAUUUCUUUCACUUGGCAAUAAUGUUAAAUAUGAGAUUGAUCGCCAGAGAGAAGAUUUGGAUCGCUAUAUCAAAGUCCAGGGUGAUAAUUUGUGUAAGGGAUUGAAGGAGUUGAGUCAAAGACAAACAAUUUCAUUCCUGAAUACAUUGGAAAAGGGAGUUAGCAGAAAACUACAUGAGAAAGAGGUUGAAAUAGAAAACAUGAACCGGAAGAACAAGGAACUUGGUGAGAAGAUAAAGCAAGUAGCUAUGGAAGCUCAGUCGUGGCAUUACAGAGCAAAAUAUAACGAGUCAGUUGUGAACGCCCUGAAGAAUAACAUCCAGCAACUAGCUGCCCAGGGUAUCACACAAGUAAAGGAAGGGUGUGGUGAGUGUGAGGUAGAUGAUGCUGCCUCUACUACGAACCACCAGGAAGUUCCCUCCUCAAAACAGCAACAGCAGCAGCAGCAGCUAAGCUGCUGCAAAGCUUGCAAGAAUAAACAAGUGUCGGUGUUGUUAUUGUCGUGCAGACACUUGUGUCUGUGUACAGAUUGUGAAGAGUUUAUAGAUAUUUGCCCGGUGUGCCAGGCAGUGAAGACUGCAAGUGUUCAAGUAUACAUGUCAUGAACACGCAAACUCAACACUUGCACUCAUCAUUAUCUUGCAUAGUAGAGUUGGUUUUUCACCCCACCACCCUUGCUUUCUUAUGAAAUCUGGAGAAGCUCAGGAAUUUAUACUAUGAUGAUGAUGAUGAUGAUGAUUCCUUUCUAUGAAUUUGUUGAGGUGUUUCAAGGUUUCACAGCAAAGCUUUUUCGAGAACCAGAGAUGGUACCUAAAUAAAUUAUAGUCUGGUAGCAAGUAAAUGCUAGUUGUGUCUCAUGUAAUUGUUAUUAAUUUUGCCUUAGAAUGCUGCUGCUGCAUAUUAUGCAUUAACAAAGUUGAUGCGUUUUGGCCCCUCUCAUUCACUCAUACUGUCCUUGCUCCUAUUUGGCUUUAAUUGUA